AUGUUACUUUUCGGCUUCUCGAACUCGCCCGAAAUACCCUUUGGCUCCCAGAACGCUGGCUUCUUGGACCAGAGAUUCGCAUUGCAAUGGGUACAGGAUAACAUUGCGCAAUUCGGAGGCGAUCCUUCCCGCGUCAUGAUCUUCGGCGAAUCCGCAGGCGGCGAGUCAGUGAAGCAACUGCUGGCCAAUCCACCCAGUCCACUUCCAUUCUCAUCGGCUAUCCUUGAGUCUCAGAACGCGGUACUUCCCGGAAACGGCCUCGUCAACUACAAGCAGGUGUUGCUGCAUUUCGGCUGCACAGACAUUGCGUGUCUUCGCAAGGUACCUGCCGUGGACAUCAAAGCAUAUAUUGAGCCGAACUCUCUCGCAUUCCCACCUGUAAACAACGAUGGCACAUCAGUCCCUGACGUCAGACUCAGCAUCUCCACUGGCAAAUUUGCCAACGUACCAACCAUGCUUGGAACGAACCUGAACGAAGCACGUGCCUUCUUAGCAGUAGCCGGUGUAACGGACGGUAAAACGGCCUUGGACAACUUCUUCGACCAGUACAACAUUACAUCGCAAGUCGUUCGUGACUCCAUAAUCGCGGCGUAUGCUGCACAGGGUAUCACGGACUUUUACGAGCUAUCCGAUAGGCUCGGCACAGAUUUAGUCUUCACAUGCACCACCGCCAGGCUAGCGAACUACCUCGCCAUUUCUGGUCGCCCAACCUAUCGAUAUCAGUUCACACCCGUCUUCCCUUCGGUCGGGAUCUUCCCCGAUCCAGGCGCCUAUCACACUGCCGAGAUUCCUGAGGUGUUUGGCACAUAUCCGCUUUCGAGCCAGUUCGGUACUGCAACGCAGCAACAGAUUGAACUGAGUGCUUUCAUGCAGAAGACUUGGGCAAACUUUGCGAAGAACCCCGCUGGUGGCGUUGGAUGGCCCAAAGUGGGUAGUGCGCUUGGCAAAGAAUUGGGUGUGCUGGGCAAAGACGGAAGUAGUGGUGUGACUAUCCGGCCACUGCUGGAGGCAGACUAUGCUUGCCCGCUAUAUGCAGCUGUUGAAGAUCUUCUGGGCUUGUCUUUCAAGUAG